CAUUUCAUCAACUUGAAGCAAUCCAUCAUAAUCCUAAUUUAUUAGUAUUCUUGAAAUAAUGGCAAUCAAAGUCCAUGGUAUCCCCUUGUCAACUGCAACCAUGAGAGUUGUUUCUUGCCUUAUUGAGAAGGAUUUGGAUUUUGAGUUUGUCUUUGUUGAUAUGGCCAAUGAAGAACACAAGAAGCACCCUUUCCUUUCACUCAAUCCUUUUGCUCAAGUACCAGCAUUUGAAGAUGGGGACUUAAAGCUCUUUGAAUCAAGGGCAAUCACUCAAUACAUUGCUCAUACUUAUGCUAGCAAUGGCAUUCAACUAAUACUCCAAGAUCCAAAGAAAAUGGCCAUUAUGUCAAUAUGGAUGGAAGUAGAAGGCCAAAAAUUUGAACCACUUGCUUCAAAACUAACAUGGGAGCUAGUCAUAAAACCAAUGAUUGGCAUGGGCAGUACAAAUGAUGCUAUUGUGAGAAAAAGUGAAGAACAAUUGUCUAAGGUUCUUGACAUCUACGAAACUCGAUUGACAGAGUCAAAAUACUUAGGUGGUGACUCCUUUACACUUGUUGAUUUGCAUCAUAUACCAAAUAUAUACCAUUUGAUGAAUACAAAAGCUAAGACAAUGUUUGAUUCGCGCCCUCGUGUGAGUGCAUGGUGUGCUGAUAUAUUGGCUAGACCAGCUUGGGUGAAGGGCUUGGAGAAGCUGCAAAAAUGAAAAAAAAAAUGAAAAUAAUGACCACAUAUAUCCAUGUUUUUUCAGAAGCAUUUCUGUAUUAGUAUGUUGUGUUUCCUGUCUGAAGUUGUUGUCUUGCAAUACAAUAAACAGUGAUCUAUAUCUAUGUGAUUUUACUAGUUGUACUGAUGUAUAUAUGGUACAUUCAAGUCAUUUAUAAAAUGAUUGUGCGCUAUAUUUUUG